UCAACAAAGAUGGCGCUGCCCAGAGGAGCUCUGCGUUUAAACCAGCUGGUUAUUAGUCGUAAUUUCUACAAAUUCACCUCAUGUGUUGGUGUCCGGUCGUUGUCUGAUGACGUGUCAUCUAAACCCGUACCGCCCAGUGCCCCAGAGACCGUGGUGGACCAUUUAAUCUACACACAAGAGCACUUUGCAUUAAAGGAGUCCCUCAGAAAGAUCAUCGACCAGGAGAUCAACCCCCACGUGGACCAGUGGGAAGCAGAAGGGACGUUUCCAGCCCAUAAAGUCUUCAAGAUCUUAGGAAGUGCCGGCUUUCUAGGAGUCAACAAACCAGUUGAGUAUGGCGGCUUGGGUCUUGACUUCAGCUACAGCGUAGCAGUUUCAGAGGAGCUUGGCAACAUUCGCUGUGGAGGCGUCCACAUGGCCAUCGGUGUACAGACUGACAUGGCUACUCCUGCGCUGGCCAGGUUUGGUUCAGCUGAGCUCAAGGAAGAGUUCCUCCUUCCCUCCAUCAUGGGGGACAAAGUGGCCUGCCUCGGAGUUAGUGAAGUCGGAGCCGGCUCUGAUGUCUCAAGUAUCCUGACCAAGGCAGUGAGGAAAGGGGAUGAAUAUGUGAUCAACGGGGGAAAGAUGUGGACCACCAAUGGUACCCAGGCUGACUGGAUAUGUCUCCUCGCCAACACAAGUGACGGGCCCGCACACAGGAACAAAUCCCUCAUCUGUUUGCCCAUGAACCUGCCAGGAGUGCACAUCGCCCGCAAGAUUGAGAAACUCGGUAUGUGGUCAUCAGACACGGCUGAAGUGUUCUUCGAUGACGUUCGUGUGCCCUGCAAGAACAUCAUCGGCCAGGAAGGCAUGGGCUUCACCUAUCAGAUGCUUCAGUUCCAGGAAGAGAGGCUCUGGGCAGCGGCCAAUGUCGUGACCAUGAUGGACAACAUCAUUCAGGAGACCAUCCAGUACACGCGGCAGAGGAAGAUCUUCAAGCAGCCUGUCCUCUACCACCAGUCGGUUCACUUCAGGUUGGCUGAGCUGCAGACGGAGGUCGAGCUGCUCCGCUCCCUUCUCCACCGCUCCACAGCAUUGUACGUUAAAGGCAAUGAUGUCACCAAGCUGGCAUCCAUGGCUAAGUUGAAGGCAGGCCGCCUGGCCAGGGAAGUGGGCGACAGCUGUCUCCAGUAUUGGGGAGGAAUGGGCUUCACCAGUGACGUGCUGGUCAGCAGAUUUUACAGAGAUUCCAGGUUAUUGUCAAUUGGUGGAGGGGCCGAUGAGGUCAUGCUGGGAAUCAUCUGCAAGUACAUGGACACACUGCCCAAGAAAUGAUGUCAUAAACCCCUGAUAAACCCCUGAACCAGACGGACUGAUGCAUGCAGAUAAUGAGCCAAUCGUUUCCAAUGAAUUGCUAAACACAAGUCACCUAAGUGCAGUUCUGAUAUGUAAGGAAUCUUGACAUAUACGAGGAAGUUAGAUUGUUCUAGUAUUUUGCCUUUGAUUGUUUUAACUGUACUGUAUGUGGUCUGAUUAGCUCACACACAGAACUAUGAAGCUCCUGUGUUCUUGUUUUUCAAGAGCACACAAUGUUAACAGCCUACAGUUGAAUUAUAUUAUUUGUAAUGAGUUAAUUUAAACAUUUUAAAAACUAAAUCUAUUUUUUUGGAAUACUUACCCCAAGUAAUGUAUGCAAAAAUGACUUGUGUAAAAUAAAUAUCUAGCAAAGAUUUUAUUGUUUUAUUUGUUAUUGACAAAUUUAUAAAAGAGUAAAAUACCAGUUGUUUUAAUGUUUGUAAUGCAUUCUCUAUAUGUGUAAGUAGCACACUCAUACUGGUUAAUUCAGAGCAUAAAAUGUGUUUAUUUACAUAAAAAAACAUUUUUACAACCAAAAUAAAAUAAAGAACAGUUAUUCAUUUUUGAAUGGCUGCCAACUGCUGUAAUACAUCCAUUCAUUCUUAAAAGCAAAAACACUAGAUUAUUUGCUUCAAGUAGCAUUCUAUAACUUAAUCACUUUUAACACAACAUUGUAUCAACACAUUUGCCAAUUAAUCACUCUUAUCACAUCUCUCAUAAUGUGCCCCCGACUGCAUUUAGCUUUUUGACACCAUAGUAUCUCGAUAAAGUAAGAUAAUCCUUUUAGUCCAGCAAUGGGGAAUAUCUUCUACAGUUACACAUUCAAUGUUAGGUCUCAUCUUCUCAUCCAGCUAAAUUGGGCUAUCAAGCACAUACAUGUACUGUCCGUGUCUGCUUCAGAUAUACAUAUACAGUACACAAAUCCUACUUCACAUGGUCAUUAAUCAUCUUAGACCCAUUUCACUUUUUGGGGUUCCAUCUCACAGCAUCAGUAGGAGUUCUUUCAUGACUCAAUUUUGGGGUUUUUAUUCAUGAAAUACUUGGAGAUGUGGGUACAUGUAAAGCUGAGACACUUGAAACAAAAACAUCCCUGCCUCUCCUGAUCAACAUUACGUGGGUCUAGUUUUGAGGCUCAUCAGCACGACACAAACUGUGGAUGAAGGGGAGUUAGGAGGCCAACAGGGCCCGCCUAUCACCUCAGCUUCAUGAACCAGUACAGGACAAAGAAGACGAAAAGGCAGAAGAGCAGCAUGUAGCACAGCAGCUUGGCCUGACUGCCUCUGGACAGCUGCUUCACUCUGCCGAUAGUAGCACCUAGCAGGCCGCCUGUUGAGUCAAAGUCUGUGUCCUGUGGGACAAAAAGUUUAA